UCCCGCUCCCCUCCCACCCCUCCUCCCCAUCCGCCCCUUCUCCGGCCUCCAUCCCCGGCCCGCUCUUUCCUUGCGAUCUUCCUCCUCCCUGUGGUGCUCCUGCCGGGCGCCCCAGGGCGAAGGACGGUCUCGGGACCGGGAUUUUGGCUGGCGGCCCAGUCCCGCUGCCGCCCUGAUUGUUUUGUGGUUUCCCUCUGGAAUUCCUGCAGAAUUCCGAUUUUCGAUUUUUUACAUAUAAAACCCGGGCUGCCCCGCCCCUUCCUGGCCACAGAUGUGUGUGGUUAGUGGUUAACAAAGCGCUAUCAGCGGAGUGAGACCCGGCUUGGAGUCGCUGUGGAAGCAACUUUAGCCACAACUGGAUAUAGCAGCAGUAUUCGUCUGUUAGGGCGGCUGCAAAAGUCAAGUAAGCGGCAAGAAAAAGAGUUAGGACAGCACCUGUAAACUGUUAAGCUCCAAGGAAAUGAGGAUUGCUAAUCACACUGUUAUUAAGAACGUGCAUACUGUUGUAAUUUUGGUUCUUUGCUUUGGAUAACUUUUUAUGAAAAAGAGUCUAUUUAAAAGGAAAGCUAAAAUGACUGUUUAAAAGAACCUAUGUGUUGUGAGACAGGGUUUCGGGGAGCCCAGCAUACGCUUGAGUCAUGGAGCCAAGGGUGACAUUGAACUUAUGAUCUGCCUGCCUCCCCCUCCUGAGUGCCUGGGUUACAGGUGCACGUUCACCAUGCCUGGUUUAUGAGGUGCCUGGGGAUGACUUCUUGCAUGCUACAGCGGAGCUACAAAUACAUACAAUAUGUGAAAAUGAAAAAAAAAAAUUGGUGCAUUUCAGUUUGAAAUCAGAUUGUUGGAUGCUAGUUACAUCAUUACUUUACCAUAUAGCUCUUCUGCUGUAAAUUCUGAAACUUUUGAAGAUAAAUGAUACAUGCAUUCAAGCAUUUUUUGGGGUGUGGUGAGAAAGAGCUUAGCUGUGUACUCCUGUCUCUGGCUUGUGGGUCCUGGAAUUUCAGGACCAUGCCUGAAAUUAAUUAUCAAUCAACUGUUGUAGUGAUUUUAAAAGAGGGUCAAGUAGCUGGGAGGUGGUGGCACAGGCCUUUAAUCCCAGCACUCAAGGAGGCGAAGGCAGGUGCAUCUCUUGGGGCCAUCCUGGUCUACAGAGUGAGUUCCAGGACAGCCAGAAAUAAAAUAGAGAAGCCCUGUCUUGAAUAACUAAAACAAGAACAAAAACAAACAAACAAAAAAGGGUCAUGUAAACUUAUCAAUAAAAUCCCAUUGUAAAGCUUUGGUACAUAGUUGUAUGUAAUUAUGGGAUGUAUGUUGACAUUUCUUUUUCCUUUUAUUUUUCCCCAGAACCUCAUCCAGACUUUACCACUAAGCUAUAUGUCAAGCCUUAGUAUAAUUUUAGUACAUUUAUGCAGUGUGUAAUGAUCAAGCCUUCAUAAAAUAUUACCAACAAUGGCUGACAGCAGUGUAUUAACAUCUCCUACUGAGAUAACUAGCUUGGCAGACUCUUCCAUUUUUGAUUCUAAAGUUACUGAAACUUCUAAAGAAAACUUGUGCAUGGCAUCUACUUCAAAUGUUGAUGAAGAAAUGCCUCAGGUUGAAGCAAGAGUGAUAGUGGUCCAGGAAGCUGGGAAACAAGAAGAUCUUCUAAAGGCCUUAAAGACUGUUAAGAUAAUGGAAGUCCCUGUUUUAAAGAUAAAAGAAAGUUGUCCUGGAAAAUCGGAUGAAAAAUUAAUAAAAAGUGUUAUUAAUAUGGAACUUAAAGUGCCCUGUGUAAAGAUGGACUCAAUGGAAGAAUUUGGAAGUUUGGAUUCCCCAGAAUUUGAAAAUAUAUUUGUAGUCACUGACUUCCAGAAUUCUGUCUUCAAUGACUUGUACAAGAAUGACUGUAGAAUUGUUGGACCACCAGUUAUACUCAGCUGUGCACAAACGGGAGAGCCCUUGCCAUUUUCCUGUCGGCCGCUGUAUUGCACGAGCAUGCUGAACCUGGUGCUGUGCUUCACUGGAUUCAGGAAGAAGGAGGAACUCGUCAAAUUGGUGACAUUGGUUCAUCACAUGGGUGGAGUUAUUCGAAAAGAAUGUAAUUCCAAAGUAACACAUCUGGUGGCAAAUUGUACACAAGGAGAAAAAUUCAGGGUGGCUGUGAGCCUGGGUACUCCAAUUAUGAGGCCAGAAUGGAUUUAUAAAGCAUGGGAAAGAAGGAAUGAACAGUGUUUCUGUGCCGCAGUUGAUGAUUUUAGAAAUGAAUUUAAAGUUCCUCCAUUCCAAGAUUGCAUUUUAAGUUUUCUGGGAUUUUCAGAUGAAGAGAAACACAGUAUGGAAGAAAUGACUAAAAUGCAAGGAGGUAGCUAUUUACCAGUUGGGGAUGAAAGGUGCACUCACCUUAUUGUUGAAGAGAACACAGUGAAAGAACUUCCAUUUGAACCUUCAAAGAAACUUUUUGUUGUCAAGCAAGAGUGGUUCUGGGGAAGCAUUCAGAUGGAUGCUCGUGCUGGAGAAACUAUGUAUUUGUUUGAAAAGGCUAAUACUCCUGAGCUCAAGAAAUCAGUGUCUCUGCUUUCUCUAAGUACCCCAAACAGCAACCGUAAAAGACGAAGAUUGAAAGAAACACUGGCUCAGCUCUCCAGGGACACUGACCUCUCCCCUUUCCCUCCUCGUAAGCGGCCCUCAGCUGAGCAUUCCCUCUCUAUUGGAUCACUCCUUGAUAUCUCCAACACACCUGAGUCUAGCAUUCACUAUGGAGAAACACCUAAGUCUUGUACUAAGUCUUCUAGAAGUUCUACUCCAGUUCCUCCAAAGCAGUCAGCUAGGUGGCAAGUGGCAAAAGAACUCUAUCAGACUGAGAGUAAUUAUGUAAAUAUACUGGCAACAAUUAUUCAAUUGUUUCAGGUACCCUUAGAAGAAGAAGGGCAGCGUGGUGGGCCUAUUCUUGCACCUGAAGAGAUCAAGACUAUUUUUGGGAGCAUCCCAGAUAUCUUUGAUGUACAUAUGAAGAUAAAGGAUGAUCUUGAAGACCUUAUUGUUAACUGGGACGAGAGUAAAAGCAUUGGUGACAUCUUUCUUAAAUAUUCAAAAGAUUUGGUAAAAACCUACCCUCCAUUUGUAAACUUCUUUGAAAUGAGCAAGGAAACAAUUAUUAAAUGUGAAAAACAGAAGCCCAGAUUUCAUGCUUUUCUCAAGAUAAAUCAAGCUAAACCAGAGUGUGGACGCCAGAGCCUUGUGGAACUUCUCAUUCGGCCAGUACAGCGGCUACCCAGUGUUGCUUUACUUUUAAAUGAUCUUAAGAAGCAUACAGCUGAUGAAAAUCCUGACAAAAGCACUUUAGAAAAAGCUAUUGGAUCACUAAAAGAAGUGAUGACGCAUAUCAAUGAGGAUAAGAGAAAAACAGAAGCACAGAAGCAAAUUUUUGAUGUUGUUUAUGAAGUAGAUGGAUGCCCAGCAAAUCUCUUAUCUUCUCAUCGAAGCCUAGUACAAAGAGUAGAAACAGUUUCUCUAGGUGAAUAUCCCUGUGACCGAGGAGAACAAGUCACUCUCUUCCUCUUCAAUGACUGCCUUGAGAUAGCAAGAAAACGGCAUAAAGUUAUCGGUACUUUUAGAAGUCCUCAUGACCGUACCCGGCCGCCGGCAUCUCUGAAGCACGUUCAUCUAAUGCCUCUUUCUCAGAUUAAGAAGGUGCUGGACAUCAGAGAAACAGAAGAUUGUCAUAAUGCUUUUGCCUUGCUUGUGAGGCCACCAACAGAGCAGGCCAACGUUCUGCUCAGCUUCCAGAUGACAUCGGAGGAGCUUCCAAAGGAAAACUGGCUGAAGAUGCUGUGCCGACAUGUUGCCAACACCAUUUGUAAGGCAGAUGCUGAAAAUCUUAUGUACACAGCUGACCCAGAAUCUUUUGAAAUAAAUACAAAAGAUAUGGAUAGUACAUUGAGUAGAGCAUCUAGAGCAAUAAAGAAGACUUCAAAAAAGGUUACAAGAGCAUUCUCGUUUUCCAAAACUCCCAAGAGAGCCCUUCGGUUGGCUCUUUCAUCAUCCCUCAGUUCAGAGGGAAGGAGUCCUCCCAGCAGUGGCAAACUUGCUGUGAGCCGUCUGUCCAGCACAUCCUCCUUAGCAGGUAUUCCGUCUCCCUCCCUUGUCAGCCUCCCUUCUUUCUUUGAUCGGAGAAGUCAUACAUUAAGUAGAUCUACAACUCACUUGAUAUGAAACUUAAAAACAUGGGACCUCGUACUUCAAUAAGAUGCUGACUUAAAUGGUACUUUUAAUUAGCACUUGGUGAAGGUUAUAAAGAAGAUAAGUAACACUAACCAAUACCGUUUUAUUUUCUUGAAAAACAUUUUCCAGAUAAUCUAUGUAAAAAAUUUAUUGAUUUUGAUGUAAUUUAUCUCUUUGUUUGAAUCUCACAUCUGAAGAACAGUAACUUAAGUUAUUCAUGAUAAUCAGUAGCUUUGUAACCCUGACACAGUAAACUUUAUUGGUGGGUGCAAAAUACUAUUGUGUAUUUGUAUAGUAUCUUGAAUGAAAUUUUGGAAGUACAUAUUUGUGUAUCUCAAUUUUUGCAGAGACUAAAUGGCAAUGCAAUACUUACUGAAUAAAAACCUGUGAUUAAAUUCUAGGGGCCUAUUCACAUGUAUUGUUUGAUGUACUUUACUGCUCUUGUGCAGUUUAUUUUAUUUUAAAAUAAGAGAUCUAGCACAUGAACUUGAAAGGAUACAUCAUUUUUAGCCAUAUAAUUAAGAUCAUUUCAAAAUAUUUUUGCAAACUGAGAUAAGGACAGAAAGAUUAUAAAACAUUGUAUAUGUUGUGAAUAUAAGAUAUUAGUAUGUACUUUGUAAUUGUUUCAGAGACUUUAUUUUCUUGCUCCAGCCACUAGCAAACCUUGAUUUAGUUUUGACUACUGUAUUUUAUUUCAAAAGAUAAAACCAUGGGAAAACUGUGUUAAGAAUUGCUUCUUUUCUCUUUAUAAUUGUUCUGAAGCUGCCUUCAGUUUUGCUAAUUGUCUGUGAAAUGCGUAGACAUAAAUGUGUGGUCAACUUUUUAUUGUAGUCAUAUUAAAUAUAAGAUUGGACAUUUAUUGUCAAGUAUUUCACAACUCUGCCUUUAUCUUCUACUGUAUUAUUUCUUAUAGUCAGUAAUACACAAUGAUUGGGUUCCUAUGGCCAAGUGUAUUUUUAUUUCUUAUGUGUUCAAGGGAGUAUUGUAAGUUUCUUUGUUAACUUAAUUUUCAGUAGUCUGAUUUAAUAGUUUAAUGACUGGAUUUUUUUUUCCUAUGCCAUGUAUGUGCCACUUCACAGGUUAGUAAAUGACCUCAUUUUGCUAUAUUUUAAAAGCAGUUAAACUAACAAGAACUUUGUAAAUAAAUAGUUUAAAACACAAGUA